AUGGGGCAGUCCAAGAGCAGUUAUCGGCUUUCCUACAUUGAUCUGGGUCAUGGGCAAGAGAGGCCCCUGGCUGAACCUGAUGAGUCGACAACAUCUCUCCAAAGACAUACGCAGCAGUUCUGGGGUUUUAUAUGGAUCCUUGAGAUCGUGGCCUGUCUCGUAUCAAUUGCACUUUUAGCUGCAAUUAUCGGCUUUCUGUCUCACUAUGACGGACAGUCAUUACCGGAGUGGCCUUAUGCUAUCACCCUUAACGCUCUGGUUUCGGUACUAAGUACCGCCAUGAAAGCGGCCAUUGCCUUUAUCGCGACCCAGUGUCUUGCUCAGUUGAAAUGGUUGUGGUUCCGACAGAAGAACCGCCUAAGCGACCUGACCCUCCUCGACGAUGCGAGCCGUGGACCAGUUGGAGCCUUCAAAGUCCUCUAUAGCUUUUUACCCCGCCAUCUUGUUACCUUCGGAUGCGUGAUCCUCGUUCUCGCGGUUGCAACAGAUCCAUUUGUACAGCAGGUGAUCUCCAUUCAGAUGCGCUCGGCCGACUCUCCUUCACCCUCGUCGAUCCGCGUGUGCAACAACAGCCUCUACGGCGACUACGGACUAGGAGCUGGGCCCGGCAUGAAUAAGCUUCCCCUCACAAGUAUGGGCGCAGUCUAUUCCGGCAUUUUCAAGACCGAGAACUCUGGCAAUAAAAGCUCGCUCGUAAGCUGCACGACUGGAAAUUGCACAUUCCCCAUUUAUCAGACGCUCGGUGUCUGUUCUCAGUGCGCGAACAUCACUAAUGCACUCCAAGCCUCCGGGACUGGGCCAGACGAGGUAUUCAACUUACCGAAUGGAUUGACGCUCAGCCCCUUUUCGGUCAUUAUGAAUUCCACGACUCAGCUCGACAUGCUCCAGAUAGACACGACCGACACGGCGCUCAUUCUGAAUUUCACGGCAAUUGCUGGCGUGGGCUCGAGUGACCCAUCGGCGACCAGUGCGAUCGAAUGUACACUGUCCUUUUGCAUCAAAACAUACGAGGCCUCAGUCCACGACGGUAUCUUCAAGGAGACCCUCGUCAACACAGACACACGGGCAGACAAAGUGUCGGCAAACAGUCCCGUCUCAGACUUCGCUUUGACUCCAGCGACGUGCUACUCUGAUGGCAUCCGUUACGACAGACCGCUUGAUCGUCCGGGCCAAUGCACCUAUCAAGUAUCCUCGAUGAGUAUAAUGGCAUUAUCAAAUACCCUAGGCCCUCUGCUCCAGGGCCACGGCACUCUCUUCGCCAAUUAUCGACUGCAAUGGACCCCGGACACUCUCCAACCGCUGUACGGUACAGAGGGCAGUGUGACCGAAAUCGGGUCUGCAUUUGCAUCGAUCGAGUCAUCUCUGUCAGUUAAUGCGCGAUCUCAAGUCUGCAAGUCCACCGUUCAGGGCACCACAAAGACCAUUUCGGCAUACGUCCAGGUGCGAUGGGUGUGGCUGAUUCUACCGGGCGCCUUGGUCGUCUUCAGUCUACUGUUCUUGGUGACCACCAUGGUCCGCACUCGCAAUCAGCACGUUUGGAAGUCGUCGCCGCUUGUGCUGCUCUUCUCAGAUUUGACAGUGGACUCUUUGACGCCAUGGGAGCGGAGCGGUCCGACAUUGAAGGAAAUGGAGUCCGAGUCGAAGAGAAUGAACUUUUGGCUGGAGCACGCGCCAGAUGGUGUCAAAUUCAGGGCCGAGCCAAAAUAA